AUGCGAAGAACGGGAAAGUCCAACACGACAUCGGUUGACAGCAAUGACAAGCUCCCAGGAAGCAGCUCGGACUCCAAGUCUUCGCCGUCACCUCCCCUGCCGCACUCCAUAGGCAUUGCCACUCUGCGCCCUCACGAACGCACCGCGUCCUGGCGAAACCUACUCUCGCCGCGCUCACCCGGCGUGGAGGUGCCAGAGCUUCACUCUCUGCUGACCGAGGUCUUUGAGAAUCCGGAUGAUGUCGCUGCAUUUGCGGAUGCCCUUAGAGACGAUGCGGGCAAGACGGAGCACGCGCACGAGCUCGGCCCGCUGACAGCCGACGAGCUGGCGCCUACUGCCGAAGACGACUAUCCUGGAGCGACGACCCUCAAAUCGCCAGGACUGGACGAGUCGACGAGCAAGAAUGAAUCCAGCGCUGAGAUUAGCUCUCACUCCCAACAUCGUCAGAACAGUCAUCAAAGGAAAAUCGGCAAGAUUUCAGCGACUUCUGAUUUUGCACCUGUGAGGGAAAAGACGUCGCACAAAGCUUCCAAGAAGCACGACUCGGGCUCGCGUCAGGGCCCAGUCUACGCCGUGCUGCGAUUCCCCCUUUUGGUGGCCGUAUGGCUGGCGAUCAUUGUGCAAUUCCUGCUCUACGUGCUAGUCCGGCAGUGCGUGAACGUGAUCGAGUACCUAUCAGCUUGGCGAGGAGAGCGAGGAAGACUUCGUCGCAAGCUCAGAGCGUCACGCUCGUGGGAGGAGUGGACGACUACGGCCAAGGAGAUGGACGAGUUUGGAGGUUUUGGCGAAUGGAGGUACGAGGAUGCCAGUGGGCUGUACGACUGGAGGUUGGUCAAGAAGGUCACCGCAAGCCUCAAAGCCUUUCGAGAGCGAGACGAUGCCGAGAACCUGCUUGGCGUGUUGGAUUUGUGCAUUCGAAACAACUUUGCCGGCAUCGAAAACUUCAGGUUGUACAGUGAGACAUACUUUGGCACUAAGUUCGCGAUAGAGGCCUACCUUCAGGAGGCAGAGCGAGGCCUUGAAUACGUGCGAACAACAGAAAAGCUUGCGAUCGAGCACAAACGACAGUUCUAUCGCAACGCUGCCAAAAAUUUGGGCAAAAGCGCACUGUGUCUUUCAGGCGGAGGAUCGUUCGGGUACUACCACAUUGGGCUAGUUCGAGCUUUGCUUGAUGCCGAUUUACUACCUUCUAUAAUCACCGGUACCUCUGCCGGUGGUCUUAUCGCCGCUUUAGCUUGUACGCGAACCAAGGAUGAGCUAAAGCACAUCUUGGUGCCUGCGCUUGCUGAUCGCAUCACAGCCUGCGAAGAGUCCAUCACCAUUUGGGGUCCCAGAGCUUGGCGCACGGGUGCGCGAUUCGAUCUUGUGCCCUGGGCUGAGAAGGCUCAAUACUUCACGAUGGGCUCCUUGACUUUUCUGGAAGCAUACAAGCGCACCGGCAAAAUUCUCAACAUCAGCGUAGUCCCGGCUGAUCGCCAUUCACCAACGAUUCUUCUGAACAUCAUUUCUGCACCGCACUGCAUCAUUUGGUCUGCGCUGUUGGCUUCCGCUGCUGUGCCAGGUAUCCUCAAUCCUGUGUGUCUGAUGUCCAAGGAUCCUAAGACUGGGCAAGCGAAACCAUGGAAUUGGGGUCAUCGAUUCAAAGAUGGCAGUCUGCGCGUCGAUAUACCCCUUCAAGAUCUGCACGCCCUUUACAAUGUCAACUAUCCUAUCGUGUCUCAAGUCAACCCGCAUGUGCAUCUGUUCUUCUAUAGUCCGCAAGGUGCACCUGGACGGCCAGUCGCGCAUCGCAAGGGCAAGGGAUGGCGUGGUGGCUUCCUCCUAAGUGCUGCUGAGCAUGUUCUUAAGCUGCACCUUUCGGUCAACUUCAAGGUAGUCCGUGAUUUGGAUCUCAUGCCUACCAUCCUGGGCGCCGACUGGUCUCAAGUCUUCCUGCAGCGCUUUGCUGGUGCCGUCACUAUUUGGCCGCGAACCCGCGCUUGGGACUGGGUACGGAUUCUUAGCGACCCAGACCGCAAGGAGCUAGCCCGGAUGAUGCAGAUUGGCCGGACAGUAACAUUCCCGAAGCUGCACAUGAUAUCAAACCGGCGGCGCCUGGAGGCGGCUGUAGAGCAGGGUAGACUGGAAGUCCGAAGAGCUGUGCGGCAACGCGCUGCUGAGCAGAGAACGCCUGCGGCUGCUGAAGCGGGAUUGUCCACCUCCGCGGACAAGGCGAGGCUCUCGGAUGAAAGCGCCAACGACCCGGGUGACUUCUUCCUUAGCAAGAAGCUGUCUGAUGGAGCGCGGCCCAGACUCUUCCCUCGUCUGAGCAGUUAUGCGUCUGCUCAGCUGAGCGAUGAGGGCAAUGCCACGCCGACUGACGUGGAAACGCCUGGGGAAUUUCUGCCGCGCCGUUCGCGCCUGCGAUCAGCCAACGAUGCGGACGUCAGGCAAUUUGGCGGCUCCAAGACCAGUCGCAAGGGGCUCUUGUGGCUGCGUGGCAAAGGCAAUGUUGACGAGGAUGGAGAUGACGCAACGCCGGCUUCAGUGACGAACAAAGCACACUCAGGAGUCGUGGAGAAUGACUUCGCCAACAAGCCUCUCACCGCUGCGGCGCUCAGCCCGCGUGGAUCUACGCACGCCAAGAAAUGGCGACGCGGAUCAAUGCGCUCAGGUGAUCAUCAAAAUGGCUUUUUCGACGAAGGCGAAAGCAACAGUUCCAGUGAAGAAGACGAGGACUCGUAA